AUGACCCGCAUCGGCACCUUUCGGGCGUCGUACCUCUCGGCGCUCGCCUGCAUCGGUUCCUUUUUGUUUGCCUACGACACGGGCAUCAUCGGCGGCGUCCUGACGCUGCCGUCGUUUGUCGCCGACUUCCGCACCAAGAACAACACCGACGUCUCGUCCAACUCGACCAGCCUGCUGCAGGCCGGUGCCUUCUUUGCCUGCUUCUUCGCGUGGCCCGUGACCGCGCGCAUCGGCCGGCGCCGCACGAUUAUGCUGGCGUCGCUCAUCUUCUGCGUCGGCGCCGUCAUCCAGGUCGCGCCGACGCGCUCGCUCGCCGCCUUUUACGUCGCCCGCGUCGUGUCCGGCGUCGGCGUCGGCAUCGCCACCGUCGUCGUGCCCAUGUACACCGUCGAGAUGGCGCCGCGCGAGAUCCGCGGCAAGCUGGGCUCGCUGUUUCAGUUCUUCUUCACGCUGGGCGUCAUGACGAGCUACUGGGUGGACUACGGCGUCAGCAAGCACGUGGCCGGCACGAAGAGCGCGCAGUGGCAGAUCCCCGUCGGCCUGCAGCUCGUGCCCGGCGGCAUCUUGGGCCUCGGCAUGCUCGUCACCAGGGAGAGCGUGCGCUGGCUGGCGAUCCAGAAGCGCGACGACGAGGCGCUGCGGUCGCUCAUCUGGGUCCGCGGCGAAGACGCGCCGGCCGUGCGCGACGAGUACCGCGAGAUCGUCGAGAGCAUCCGCGACGAGGAGCGGCGCACCGAGGGCUACUCGAUCAAGGAGCUGUGGCUGCCCAUCAACCGCUAUCGCGUGGCCCUCAUUGUGGCCAUCCAGAUCGGCGUGCAGCUGACCGGCAACACGUCGCUCGCCUACUAUGCCCCGCAGGUGUUUACGGCCAUCGGCGCCGGCAGCAACAACCUGUUCUUCACGGGCUUUUUCGGCGUCGCCAAGGUCGUCGCCUGCGGCAUCUUUGUGCUCUUCAUGAUUGAGCGCUUCGGUCGCCGGCUCUCGCUGCUGGGCGGCGCCUUUGUCAUGGGCGCCUGCAUGCUCAUCGUCGCGCUCCUCGUCAAGACGCAUCCGCCGUCGGCCUCGGGCGCGCUGCAGCCGACGUCCGCCGCCGCCGUCGCCUUCAUCUAUGUCGAGGCCAUGGCCUACAACAUGUCGUGGGGCCCCGUGCCGUGGCUGUACAUGGCCGAGAUCAUGCCGUCGCGGAUUCGAGAGGGCGCCGUCGCCAUUGGCACCGCGACGCAGUGGCUGUUCAACUUUGCCUUUUCGCAGAUUACACCGCACGCGGUCAAAAACUUGGGCUGGCGCACCUUCCUGAUGUUCUUCAUCUUCAAUUGGGCGCUUGUGGUCUUUGCCUUCUUUUUCAUCAAGGAGACCAAGGGCCGAUCGCUCGAAGAGAUGGAUGCCAUCUUCGAGGACAGACCGACGGCCACGCAUGUCGACACGGAAAGGAAGGACACUGGUGUCAGGAGCGCGGAGGUAUAA